AGGAGGCCACUUUCAUUAUUAUUAUUUCUUUUUCUUUCUUCCUUUCCUCCUCCUCCUGCUCUCCGGGCCUGCAAUGAGAACUUAAGGACCGAGUGAGUGCGGACAGGGGGCGGGCGGGCGCACAGCCGCGCAUUUACGCUCGGAACAAGCGGCGAGAGGCGCCGCGAAAAGUCGAGCCCGCUGCGCUCCGCGGGUGCGAAGGGAGUCCCAUCCGGCUUGCCUGCUGCCUCUGGAAACCGGUUUGGGUCGAGCGUCUCUAUGGAUUGGCGGAGAGAUCCACUCGAGUCCUGAAUUCCAAGUCCAGGAUUCCGGAAGGUGCUGCCGACCACAUUGGAGGAGCGGCGGCGGCCGCCCGCUUACUUUGACCAAAGAAAGAGAGAGAGGGAUGGCGGUGGGACGCCGCUACCAGGACAGCUGAUUCCCUAAGAAUUCUGCCUGGAUUUUGGAUUCACACCUCUUCCCACUAUGCCCCUCGUUGGCUUUUUGCUUUGGGCAACCUUACUAAUUGUAGGCUGGUGGCCAUGCUACUCCAAGGAUUACCUCUUUGCUACUCCAAGAGUGCAGCUCACUUUCAAAGAGCUCAAAGCCACCAGCACUGCCCAUUUCUUCAAUUUCCUGCUCAACUCAACCGAUUAUCGUAUUCUACUGAAAGAUGAAGAUCACGACCGCAUGUAUGUGGGGAGCAAAGACUACAUCCUCUCCCUGGAUCUUCACGAUAUCAACCGGGAGCCCCUGAUUAUCCACUGGCCUGCAUCUCAACAAAGGAUAGAAGAGUGCGUUCUUUCAGGGAAGAACAGUAAUGGCGAGUGUGGGAAUUUCAUCCGCCUUAUCCAGCCCUGGAAUCGAACCCACUUGUAUGUUUGUGGCACUGGAGCAUACAAUCCUGUCUGCACCUUUGUCAAUCGAGGCCGUAAAGCACAGGCUUUUGAGCUGAACCAGUCCAUCCAGCAGGGAGGACGGGGAAGUAGAGCAGUUGACUCCUCCCUCCACCCGUCUCCAGUGGAACGCAAGGAUUACAUAUUCUACCUGGAACCAGAGAAGCUUGAGUCAGGAAAAGGAAAAUGCUCGUAUGACCCAAAGGUGGACACCGUAUCAGCAUUAAUAAAUGAAGAACUCUAUGCUGGUGUCUACAUUGACUUCAUGGGCACUGAUGCCGCCAUCUUCCGCACCAUGGGCAAGCAGACUGCUAUGAGGACUGACCAAUACAACUCCCGUUGGCUAAAUGACCCAGCGUUUGUCCAUGCACAGCUCAUUCCAGACAGCGCAGAGAGAAAUGAUGACAAGCUCUAUUUCUUCUUCCGAGAGAAAUCUACUGAUUCCCCACAGAGUCCUGUUGUCUACUCCCGCAUUGGUCGCAUUUGCCUGAAUGAUGAUGGAGGCCACUGCUGUCUGGUGAAUAAAUGGAGCACAUUCCUGAAAGCACGGCUCAUCUGCUCUGUGCCAGGGCCUGAUGGGAUUGAAACACACUUUGAUGAACUCCAGGACGUCUUCAUCCAGCAGACCCAGGAUGUGAAGAACCCCAUAAUUUAUGCUGUUUUUGCUGCCUCUGGGUCUGUGUUUAAAGGAUCUGCUGUGUGUGUCUACUCCAUGGCUGACAUCCGCAUGGUCUUCAAUGGGCCUUUUGCCCACAAGGAAGGCCCCAACUACCAGUGGAUGCCUUACACAGGCAAAAUGCCCUAUCCACGUCCAGGCACAUGCCCAGGAGGGACGUUCACACCCUUGAUGAAGUCAACCAAGGACUACCCAGAUGAGGUCAUCAACUUUAUGCGCACUCAUCCCAUGAUGUACAAUGGCGUGUACCCCAUACACCGCCAGCCACUAGUGGUGAGGACCAACGUCAACUACAAGUUCACAACUAUUGCCGUGGACCAGGUGGAUGCAGCUGACGGGCGCUAUGAGGUGCUUUUCCUGGGCACAGAUCGUGGCACUGUCCAGAAAGUAAUAGUCCUGCCCAAAGAUGACAUGGAAACAGAAGAACUGAUGCUUGAAGAGGUGGAAGUGUUCAAGGUUCCAGCUCCCAUCAGGACAAUGACCAUAUCUUCCAAAAGGCAACAGCUAUACGUGUCCUCAGCCAUUGGCCUAACACACCUGGCUCUUCACCGCUGUGAUGUGUAUGGAGAAGCCUGCGCUGACUGCUGCCUGGCCAGGGACCCCUAUUGUGCCUGGGAUGGGAAGUCCUGCUCUCGCUAUUCUGCUUCCUCCAAGAGGCGGAGCAGGCGUCAGGAUGUCCGGCAUGGCAACCCCAUCCGUCAGUGUAGAGGCUACAAUUCUAAUGCCAGCAAGAACACUGUAGAGGCUGUCCAGUAUGGAGUGGAGGGAAGCACAGCCUUUCUGGAGUGCCAGCCUCGCUCCCCUCAGGCCACCAUCAAAUGGCUGCUCCAGAAGGACAACAGUGAUCGAAGGAAAGAGCUGCGCACUGAAGGAAGGGUGCUGAGGACAGAGCAGGGGCUGCUGUUGCGGUCCUUGCAGCUCUCGGAUGGGGGCCUCUAUUCCUGCACAGCCACAGAGAACAACUUCAAGCACACGGUGGCCAAAGUGCAGCUGCAUGUACUGAGCAGUGAAACGGUCCAUGCUGUGCUCUUCCAGUCAGAGGCCCCUGCCCCUUCUGCAGCAGCCAUGCGAGCCGGCCUGCCAGGCACUUUCAGCUCCCAUUACCAUGACCUGGUGCAGCUGCUCACCCAGCCCGAGAUGGGACUCAUCAACCAGUACUGCCAGGGCUAUUGGCGGCACGUGGCCUCCAACCAUAAGGAGACUCUGGCUGGUCUCAAAGCCAAGGAGCUGCAUGAUCAGAAAAAGCCUCGAAACCGCAGGAACCACCAGCCAGAGAUGGAUCAGCACACAUGAAACUUGACAAGGGACUAUGAAAUGACAGUGCUAUAUUUCCCCCCUCCAUUUUAAUAUUAAAAUAUCUAUAAAUAUAUAUAUAAAUAUAUAUAUAUAUACACACACACACA